AUGGAGCCUUCUUCCAAGAAACGACGUCUUCUUGCCCCCAAACUUGCGGAAAAACCACAGAAUGAGCAGUCUCCUCAAGUUCGUUACGAUUACAAGGCUAUGCCGCCCUUUCAAGAUGCCGCACCCCCUCCCGAGCGCACCGACUUCGAGUCCUUCGCUCGGCAUCUGCAAGACGCAGCGAUGCUCAUAUAUGCGCAAGCCAAUCGAUCACCAUAUACAAGCGUGACGGUCUUGAUGUUACGAUGGGAGGAUGAUUUGAGCGUCGAGUCAGACCUGUUGAUGCUCCAGCAGGUCUUUCGUGAUCGCUUCAAUUUCCGAACCGAAACCUGGUGCAUACCCAGUUGCCCCAACCCCAGCGUCAAACUUACUAUGCAAAUGGCCUCACAUAUCGAAUAUGCUAGACCUGAUCAUUUGCUAGUUGUCUACUAUGCUGGUUAUGGUUACAUUAGCUCGGAUCAUAACUUGUACUGGGCAUGCAAUCCUCGCGAAGACUCACCAAGGUUCAAGUGGGAGCAUGUCAGAUGUCUAUUAGAGGACGCUCAAUCCGAUAUUCUACUUCUCCUGGACACUUGUGCUGUUGCAGAUGCUCCAACUGCGGGGAAUCACGGAGUCAAGCAAGUUAUUGCGGCAUAUACACCAGACCAAGGGGCCCGCGAUCCAGGACCACGUUCUUUUACCUACAAUCUAGUAGAGGCACUCAACAAGCUUGGGAGCGGGCGCCCUUUCAGCAUACAGCGUCUCCACGAGGAGAUUGUGUCCCAGAAGCAUUACCAGCAAAGAGUACUACAUACUGGUCUCCCUAAUAGCACCAGUAAAAUGGCAGUCGCUCAUGAAAGAAUGCCUGUGUGCUUUUCACUGACCCCCGGCUCUUUGCAAAGUAUUGCCCUUUCCCCGAUUGGACAGCAACAGCCUGGCGGAUCACAAAUAGCAUCGCCACUGGGCUCGCCUGAGAAUGAAGUACAAGCUUUGCGCAACAACCACGAAACCCAACAAAACAUCAAAGUCAACUCUAAUUCGGAUCUCACGUUUGAGGAAAUGAGAGCCCUCGUAUGUACUACAUUUCUCGGUGAACCAAGUCAAGAUAUGGCUUCUUUCAAACAGUGGCUUCACAAUACCCCUGUGGCCGCUUCGAAGAUCGCUGUCGAAGGCAUGUUUCAUGGGCCACCAACUGUUCUUCUCGUAUCGAUGCCAAUUGCUGUGUACAACGUAGUCGCCGCUGACCGGACCUGCGCUUUCCUCGGCUACGUCAACUCACAUAAUAUGACUACGGAAUACCAGCACCUUAUUGGUGGCAUUUCACCCAUUGGCAAAGCGGCAACAUUCAAAGAAUUAGAAGAUGGGAAGAUUCUUCUUGAAGCCCGUGAAGCAGCCUCUUCCACUCCCGUCAUGGUUAGGCAUGACCAAAUGCGCCAAGACUCAAUGAGACAUCAAGAACCCUCAAUGAUAAUGAAUACUCCAAACGCACUAUCACAAGUGCUAUAUCAAGAGCAAGGGCCUUCAACUAUGCCUGAACAUAAAGAUGAUGUCGAAGAUUCGGUCGAGAUGCAUGAAGCUGCUGAGCAGUUGAAAGCGCUGAGCCAUGUUCGGCAUGUCAGUCAAGAUAAUCUUAAUGCCGACCGAAAUCAUUCCCACUUAGCCUCGGAGGGCUCACCUGGGCUGAGAAGUAAUCGAGAAGAAUCAGCCUCAUCCCAAGAUCCAGGGGAUUCUGGUGCUGAAGACAACAUGUACAAUUCAGAAUACAAUUCUCCAGCCUCGCGGCCGAAACCUCGGAGAUCAAUACAGAAGCAAGGACCGAAGCAAGAUACACGAUGUUCUUUAUGCAGUCAUGCACCUUUCAAGGACUCAUCUUCUCUCCGUAAACAUAUCGCAGCCGCCCACACUCGACCCUUCCCAUGCGCCUUCUCUUUUUCCGGCUGUACCAGCACAUUUGGGUCAAAGAAUGAGUGGAAGCGGCAUAUUGCAUCACAGCAUCUGUGUCUGACUUACUAUCGAUGUUCUUCGUGCCCUCAAAGUACAGUGGAAGGCAAAGGCAAUGAGUUUAACCGAAAGGAUCUCUUUACUCAACAUCUUCGCCGAAUGCACGCCCCUUUCGCGAUCAAAAAGGCCAUUGCGAAGGGCGACAGCAAACUGCAACUAGAAUGGGAAACGCACGUGAAGGACAUGCAAGCUUCAUGUCUAGUCAUCCGACGUCAACCUCCACAGCGUUCCGCUUGUCCAAAGCCAGACUGCGCAAACGUCUUUGAGGGUGCAGGCAGCUGGGAUGACUGGACGGAACAUGUUGGCCGACAUAUGGAAAAAGGAGAAGCCAGCCGACUUGGUGUGGACAGGUUACUUGCAAGGUGGGCGCUUGAAGAGGGGAUAAUUGAACGCAAGGAAGAUGGCGAAUACAGGCUCAUUGGGACUGAGAGGGAAGGAACUGUGGGAGGCUACUAUUCAGAUGGGAAUGGGAAUAUAAAGAAAGCCCUGGACGAAAAAGGCGAGGGCGACAGUAUGCUUCUCGACGGUUGA